AUGCCCUGCUGGUGUGAGCCGCGAAUGUGCCCCGGAAUUCGGCGCCGAGUUCCGGCGUUCGGUGUGCAGGCGCUGCAGCAGUGCACCUGGGUGCCGCCGCCGUGUCGCAUUCCGAUAUUCUGCAUCCGGGGGCCACGAAUUUCGCGCUUCCGCCGGUUCCUGCUGCGCGGUGACGUUCCGAUAUCGCGCGAAUGGAGCGAACGGGGCUUAAAACACUUUGUCAAGUGGCACAUCGCGCCGGAACUGCUGGAUUACCGGCGCUAUUUGCCACUGUUUUUCGACGGGUUGUGCGAGGCCCAGUUUCCGUACAGCGCCCUGGCACGGCACGGUGUCGGCGAUCUACUGGCGGCAGGAACCGAAAGACAAAUACUGCGUACGGUGCCGAUGCUGAUACUGCCGAUGCGAGAGGCUUUGAAUACGAGAAAUCCGGACAUUAUAAUUGCGACAUUAAGAGCGUUACAGCAGCUGCUGCGAGUCGGACCUUCCAUCGGACUGGCGCUGGUGCCCUACUAUCGACAGCUGCUGCCGGUGCUGAAUCUGUACAAGCACUGGACCGUCAACAUCGGCGGAUACAUUGACUUCCAAGGUGGCCGUCGGUUAGGCGAUGUGAUUAACGCUACACUGGAGCUGCUGGAGCAAUGCGGUGGACCCGACGCAUACCUGAACAUCAAGUACAUGGUGCCGACAUACGAGAGCUACGUACACAACAGAUAG